UUAAUCCAUAUUAUUAUUACAACAAAUUUGUGCUAUCUUACUUAUCUGCCGCCACGUCAGGCGCUCUCGUUUCUAUGACAAAUAGAGAUUAUAUUUAACACUUGAAUUCACGUUCGUGUAUGAUUGUACCCAAGAGUUUCGAUAAUCUUUGCACAAAGGUUAUAUUCUCUCAUGAUGGUUUCAAACAGUGGGGAAUGUCGUAGACAAUUUUUUGAGAGUUCGACCGCUCAGAAACCAACGAAGACAUUCAAAUCAUCAUUUGGAAUUAUACUAACAUGUCUUGGGUCUGCAGUCGGCACUGGGAAUAUUUGGAGAUAUCCUCGUAUAGUUGCCAACAAUACUGGUGAAAAAGGAGCUCUUGCGUUUCUUCUUGUUUGGAUUUUAUUUCUUUUCACUUGGUCCACCCCGGUUCUAUUAAUUGAAUAUGGGACUGGCAGAUUCAGCAAGUCAGCGUCUAUCCUCUCGUUCAAAAAACUUGGCGGAAAAUAUACGAUGUGGUGCGGAGCUUUCAUUGGAUUUGUAACUAUGUGCAUCGCGGCGUAUUAUGCAGUUAUAUGUGGCUGGUGUCUCUACCAUGUGUUUUAUUAUAUUGCUAAUCCUUUACCUGAGACUAUUGAUGCAAGCAAAACAGUGUUCAAUGCUUUCACUAACCAGACAUUGUGGCCGGUAUUCCUUCAAGCUAUUGUUAUCAUCCUUGGAGGUUUUUCUGUUCUUGCAGGUGUUCGCUCUAUUGAACCAGUGAUGUUGGCAAUGGUUCCUGUAUUAUUACUCCUUAUGAUAAGUUCCUUUGUUUACUCACUGACUCUACCAAAUGCUUGGCUUGGGAUUAGGCAUCUCUUCUCCAUGGAUUGGUCUGUGUUUGCAAGCCCAAGAACAUGGAUUGAGGCAAUGACUCAGAAUGCAUGGGAUACUGGUGCGGCAGGGGGAACACUCCUAGUUUAUGCUUCAUAUAUGGGAAGAGAACAUGGUGUGGUUAGAUACGCUACCUCAAUACCUACAAUUAAUAACUUUAUGAGCCUUCUGAUGGCAAUCACCAUAUUUUCAACAGUUUUUUCAGUUCAGGUUUCUGUACAUCCCGACUACACAGUUCCUACAGUAUUAGAAACUUUCCAAUACAACGGGCCGGCGAAUACCGGCCUCACAUUUAUAUGGAUUCCAAUUCUGUAUUCUAACCUGACAGCAGGUCGAGCGUUCGUUGUUAUCUUCUUUUUCUGUUUAUUCAUCGCUGGUUUUUCAUCUCAAAUUGCAAUGAUAGAAACUGCAGCUCACCAGCUGGAAGAUUUAAAAGUUCCACGUAAAAUCGGUGUACCAUGUCUCUCUGUUUUUCUUAUAUUUCUCGGGCUUGGGAGCUCGUUGAAUAUCAACUUUCUGGUAAACCAAGACUAUGUUUGGGGAUCGGCCAUCUUGAUUAGUGGCGGAAUGUUUGUUUUCCUUAUGAUGAGAUUUGGCGUCUCUAAGUUCCGAGAAGAGGUCGUCAACGGUUACGGCGAUGGCUCAGAUUGGAAAUUACCAAAGAUCUGGGAUUUCAUGAUUUACGUUAUUAUUCCACUUGAAUUGCUGUUUCUUUUUAUAUGGUGGAUAAUCUCUUCGGUCCAAGAUGAGCAGAACCCUUGGUAUUUGGUGACAGGGGAAAGCAUGAUGGGUGCAGUAUUGCAGUGGACCGUAACAAUUCUGAUACUCGUUGCGAUCAAUCUUCUCUAUGUUCGUUACGCUCCAACAUUUCUACAUAAAUCACGCCAUGUCCUUCAAAAUGAGGAUGACCUUGACUAUGGAGCGACUGCUCAGAUUGGAGAAGUAAUUAGUACGGAGAAUGCUUCCGCAGGAGAAAUUAACAGUGGAUUAGAAUUGGCCGAGUUUGGAAAUCCAGAACCCUUGCACGCAAAUCAAAACAACCGAAAGCAGCCUCUUAUGGAGCUAAAUCCAACAGUUGCAUAUACACCCCAGUCCUUACAUGGGACGUAUUAAUAAGGAUCAGAUUGACAUUGUGUUUUAAAUCUUUAAUAUAGGUCUUCAACUUUUAUGGUCUGACAAAGGCUAUGUUCAGGGCUCAGUUUGACCUUAAAUCAGCAUGUUUGUCCUUGAGACAGGUUAAGUUUUAUCUAACAACACGAAAAGCCGAAACUUUAUUUUUUUAUGCCUUUUACAGAGAUGGCCCUUCAAAUGACGAUUCCCCAUCCUCACCCUACUGCUUUGAUGAUCCACCAUAUGAUUAAGCCGUCUUAUCGGCUUUCCUCUCCGUCAGCAUAAAUAUAUAAAUUUAUUAAUAGUUUGUAUUCAGAGUCCGGAGGUAUUUUUUUCACAGCCUUGCCUAAAAAAACCUGUGCGAGCAGCACUUGUAAUAUUUUGCCAGUUGAUUUGCCCUUACGCUACGUUUUUUCCCCCUUAUUUUCAGCAUGAAUACACAUUCUUAUUAUCAAAUUGCUAUAUUUGAUUAUUGCAUAUCCCAUUCCUAUUUAAAAUCGUUAUUUUGUGCAUAUUUAGGGGAAUUCACGUGCACCAACUUAGUUAUUAAACAUCAUUUUUAUUUUAUAUUUGGUACUCCCGAAGUAUGUGAACCAAGAUGGCAACACCGGAACAUAGUAUGUGUACCAGGUUAGGGUAAGGCCAUAAUUUCAGGUACAGGAGUCACUUGGCUAG